AUGUCUAGGAAGUUGUCCCACCUGAUCGCUACAAGGAAAUCAAAAACAAUAGUCGUAACCGUACUUCUUAUUUAUUCUUUGUUGACAUUUCACUUGUCAAACAAAAGGCUGCUUUCUCAGUUUUACCCUAGCAAAGAUGAUUUCAAGCAAACUCUUCUCCCUACGACUUCUCAUUCACAAGAUAUAAAUUUGAAGAAACAAAUUACAGUUAACAAGAAAAAAAAUCAAUUGCAUAAUUUACGUGAUCAAUUAUCGUUUGCGUUUCCCUACGACUCUCAGGCCCCCAUCCCGCAAAGGGUGUGGCAGACCUGGAAAGUCGGCGCAGAUGAUAAGAAUUUUCCCUCUUCGUUCAGAACCUAUCAAAAAACAUGGUCUGGUUCGUAUUCACCGGAUUACCAAUAUUCUCUGAUUUCGGAUGAUUCUAUUAUCCCUUUUUUGGAGAAUCUUUACGCACCCGUUCCGAUAGUCAUCCAAGCGUUUAAAUUGAUGCCUGGAAAUAUCCUAAAGGCAGAUUUUUUAAGGUACCUAUUAUUAUUUGCAAGAGGUGGUAUUUACUCAGAUAUGGAUACUAUGCUUUUGAAGCCAAUUGAUUCAUGGCCUUCUCAGAAUAAGUCAUGGCUAAACAACAUAAUAGAUUUGAAUAAACCUAUUCCUUAUAAGAACUCAAAGCCCUCACUUCUCUCAAGUGAUGAGAUAUCACACCAGCCAGGUUUGGUCAUCGGCAUUGAGGCAGAUCCGGACAGAGAUGAUUGGAGUGAAUGGUAUGCUCGUAGGAUCCAGUUUUGUCAAUGGACUAUCCAAGCCAAACCAGGUCACCCAAUUCUAAGAGAAUUGAUCUUAAAUAUUACUGCAACGACUUUGGCGAGCGUACAAAACCCAGGAGUUCCUGUCAGUGAAAUGAUUGAUCCAAGAUUUGAAGAAGACUACAACGUAAACUAUAGGCACAAAAGACGUCAUGAUGAGACCUACAAACACUCCGAAUUGAAAAAUAACAAAAAUGUUGAUGGCUCAGAUAUAAUGAAUUGGACGGGUCCAGGUAUUUUCUCCGACAUUAUUUUCGAAUACAUGAACAAUGUGCUCCGAUACAAUAGCGAUAUCUUGUUAAUCAACCCAAACCUAAACAAGAACGACGAAGAAGGUAGUGAGAGUGCCACCACACCAGCAAAAGAUGUUGAUAACGAUACGCUGUCCAAAUCAACAAGAAAAUUUUAUAAGAAAAUAUCAGAGUCUUUGCAAUCGUCAAAUUCAAUGCCCUGGGAAUUCUUCUCUUUUUUGAAAGAACCAGUUAUCGUUGAUGAUGUGAUGGUUCUACCAAUAACAAGUUUUUCACCAGAUGUGGGGCAGAUGGGCGCCCAGUCUAGUGACGACAAAAUGGCUUUUGUAAAGCACAUGUUUAGCGGGAGCUGGAAAGAAGAUGCUGAUAAAAAUGCAGGUCAUAAAUAA